AUGAAGAACUUGGGUUGGGCUACUCUCUUUGGCUUAUUUGCAUUCACUACUCAGAUCAAUGCCCAAUGUGCUUGCGACCCUAAUGAUCAUUCAUGUCUAGGCGAGUGUGUCGGAACAACCCAAAGUUGCAUGGCUGGAUGCAGAGACAACGCCUGCUAUUCUAGCUGCAUAUCUAAUCAUUGGCCAAACGGAGAUCCCAGUUAUACGCCUUCUGCAGCCUCUGCCACCGUACAAAAGUCAGAAGCACAGUCCAGUCUAGCAAUCUCUACCCUCUCGCCCACCACUGUCUCCGCUCUCUCGAGAUCUUCCCAGCCAUCUUCAGCGUCUAAUUCUAUAUCGGCACAGUCUAGUGCGUCUCUAACAGGAUCAUCAAUUAUUCCUUCGUCCUAUUCUUCAGCCGUGAGCGCUAGCCAUGCCAUUUCUUCUAGCCUUGCCUCCCCGUCUGCAUCAGCAUCUGUCUGGCCAUCCUCAAUCUGGCCAGCUGCCAGCAGUGGUGUUCACACUUCGCUCCAUCCAAGCAAUCCUUCAAUCUAUAGCUCAGCAAAGCCUUCUCUCAACGGAUCUGCUACAUCAGGCGCAAGUUCGAUCUUCCGUCUCUGUAAGGAGUUAACCGUAGUUGCAGCUGCAGUUGGUGUAGUAGUAGUUGCUUCUGUUUUUUAA